AUGAGCUUUGCUACGCCUACAAAAAAAACUAAGACAACAUACUUUUUCGACUCGCCAACUACGUCGCGAGUCGCAAAGACUCCCACGAAAAGCCCAUAUCGCACACAUUUGAUGCAUGGAACCCCAAGAAACAUACCUCCAUCGCCUAUGUUUCGCGCCAUUCAAAAUAAUAGUACGACCUCUAGUAUGAGCAGCCAGUGUAUUUCUCUCACUUCAUCCACUGCUACGGCAGGCUCUUCACCUCUCAAGUUUGACGUUGUUGCUGCAGACUGGGUCGGUAGCAGUAGUACCUCUACAAACAAUGUCUCCAGCAGCGGAAAUACAAACAGUACAAGUGGAGUUGCGACUGGCAUUGCGACUGCCGCUGGUCCCUCUAAUUCAACUGCCUCAAAUACACGCUCUAUCCCAGGGUCACCUUCACAUUCUAGAUCUGGCAGAACGUCUGCCCAAGCAGACAGAUUUAUUCCUAACAGACAGUCGUCUUUCCCUAUUCGCUCUAAACUAGACAAGCCAGCCGACCUUUCAGCGUCUAGCGGCAGUGGUGCCAGUGGUGCCAGUGGCUUGGGAGGCAACGCAUCAAUCUCUGGUCUCACACUCGGUAACCCGUUUGGCAAUGUGGGUGGUGACGAUUUGGUAGCAUCAGCCAGCGCGUCACUCGGUCCUCAAGCCUCUUCCAGCAUUUCUUCUAGCAUCACUUCACCAACCUCACAAGCAUAUCAAAGUUCAGUAGCUGAGGCAUGUGGUAUUUCGCUCAAUACACGCAUUCUCGAGUUUCAGCCUGCUGCACCUCAGUCUUCUAAGCCUAUUGACCUUCGCAGUCAAUACAAUAAACCUCUUAAGGCUGUUAAUGCGCAGUUGCGCCGUAAAGUCCCAACUACUCCGGAACGCGUUUUGGAUGCACCCGGUCUUAUUGAUGACUACUAUCUUAACCUUCUCGACUGGUCCAACGACAACCAAGUAGCCAUUGCACUCGAGCGCAACGUGUUUGUUUGGAACGCAAGCACUGGUUCUGUUUCUAAUCUUUUAGAAGGGCCAAUGAAUAGCUACGUAUCAAGUGUACGAUGGUCUGGCGACGGUGCCUACCUUUCCGUUGGUUUUAGUGAUGGUGAUAUUCAAAUUUGGGAUGUAGAAGAAUCAGUUAAAUUACGUUCAAUGCGCGGUCAUACAGGUCGCGUAGGUGUAAUGUCGUGGGAUAAGCAUAUUUUAUCGAGUGGAUGCCGGGAUGGAUCCAUCUGGAACCACGAUGUGCGGAUAGCUGAACACAAAGUCUCUGAGUUCAAUAAUCAUGCGGCCGAAGUAUGCGGCCUUGAAUGGCGUUCAGACGGACAACAAUUAGCAAGCGGUGGAAAUGAUAAUGUUGUUAACAUUUGGGACCCGCGCUCAGCAGCUGCACCCAAGUUUUCAAAGACGAACCACCAUGCUGCUGUUCGUGCAUUGGCAUGGUGCCCUUGGCAGCUCAAUUUACUGAGCUCGGGCGGCGGUUCACAAGAUAAGCAUAUUCAUUUCUGGAAUUCAACUACAGGUGCGCGUGUCAACUCGAUUGAUACAGGAUCUCAAGUCACAUCACUCAGGUGGAGUACCACCUACAAGGAGAUUGUGUCGACCCAUGGGUUCCCCAAUAAUGUGCUUACAAUCUGGAGCUACCCCAGUCUCACCAAGAAUGUUGACAUUGUUGCACACGACUCGCGUGUUUUACACAGCGCUUUAUCUCCUGAUGGAGAUACGCUGGCAACUUGCGCUUCUGAUGAGAAUCUCAAGUUUUGGAAGAUUUUCGAAACUGUUGGUAGAAAGACGCAUAAUACAAACACUAGCACGAUUGCUACGGGCAAAGAUGUUAUGAUGAUAAGAUGA